CAAUUCGCAGACCGGGAGCUCCGCUCCACUCUGCCUGCACUAGGGUUCUGCAGGCUACUCAGCCCGCUUUGCAAUGAAACGGCGGUUGUCUGUCGGGCUUCCACUCGCACAGCUCUUCUUGCUGGUACUAUAGGUUCUCUCGGUCUCUCCCACGUGGAUUGCAUAUCAAUGAUAGUUCUGUCAUGUGCUGCCCGUCUGCAGGGCUGGCGCUUCGGCUGUUUGGCCCAGGAUACAAAUGUGACUGGAAUGGGGAAUGAGACGGCGGUGAAUGCCAACUACUGGCUGACGGGGAAGGACCUCAUUGACCCAAGCUGGAGCAUGCCGUAGGAGCGUUCAAGGGCCCAGCCCUGACCGGGCCCAUCGCAUUCUUCGCAUGUCAUUGUUGUUGCAUGUUUCUGCUGCUGCAGAGUGGCGGGCUGGGUGCGAUUGAGUCGGCCGUGGAGGAGUCCCUCAACACAUACGGGAAGUACCUUCUCGCCAACGCAGCUCUCACCAGAUUCUCAGAGAUAUACAGAAACAUCAGAGGUGUGUGCCGUGUGUCCCACACACACGUGAAUGAACACCGCAAGCAGCCGUUGGCUUUGUUUGUCAGGGAUGGAUCCCGAUUGUGAUGCGAAGGGUGCGGUGUGUGCCUUCGUCUUUUCGCUGCGGGGGGCCGAUGGCUCGAGCGGCGAAUUCAAAGCACUCAACCCAAACAAAUGCACACAGUCAGUAGGCCAAGAGUGAGGGAAGGCAUUGCGGAGCUCUGGGAUCACAUACUUAUGUGUCUCUGUGUCUCUUCGUAUGUGUGAGUGACUGCAGGCGCUGCUGUGUGGUGCCGAGCUUCCGCGGCUCGUCUCCUUCUUCACUGCGCCUCCAGGGUCCGCCAGGCACCACACUGACCUUAUUCGACAAUCUGGAGUGCAAGACAGAGGAGCCUGAGCCAGGUAGCUCGGUACGUUAGGUCUCUCGCAUCAGCCGGCGAUCGAUUGGCGUCGCGAUGUGUGCCUUUCGGUCCUCGCUUCGCUCAGACGUUCUGAAGCUGCCGCGCCUUCAGUACCACUGGCGCAUCGCUGCCAAGAGUGGGGAGUCUGACACGAUCGAGCCCAACCUGAUGGCAAACCACAUGUGUCCGGAGUCACAGCCCAUCGACGUCAAGACGGCUUUGGGUGAGCUCAAGGCGCCCCUCUUCCCGCCCGCCGAGGAGCGGAAGCUUGAGUCAGUCAGGCCGCAUCCACACAAACGAAUGCAGGGAUGGGCAGGCGAACACACACACACCAUCAUGUCUCUCUCUGUCCGUUCAGAAAGGUGUGGCAUAACCUCGUCGACGCCUUGAACCUGCCAGUCGUUUAUCGCUCCGACCAGAUAAUGCGUCUGUUUCGCGACCGCCCCACGAGACUUAAAGGACUUCACGCCAUCCUCCACUGCACAGGGUAGCGCCGGCAAGAGAGAAGGGCCUCAGAGCACCUGGCAGACUUACAGACUAGUCUUGUGUGUGUGCAGGUUCCCCUUGAGUCGUGAGCAGUAUGAGCAGCUGUACCUGACGUAUCUGCGCACCAAUGAGAAGGCGCCCAAGGCCACCCUAGACCCGGCUGUGGCUGUGCUCAGCGAGUCGGGCAGACAGCAGGUGGCGAAGAUCAACGAGGACCCCGACAAGUUUUUCGUCGACUACUUUGCCACCAUGCUAUAUGACGAACCAUCGCGGUCCAACCUUCGGGCCUCUGUGUGCUCCAAGUGCGACCAGCCGUGCGACAUCGAUUGUCGGCCGAUGGAAAGGACGGUGCGGUCGGCGCUGUUUGGUCAGAGAGAGACGGGCGGGGGAGAGAGCGAAAGGAUUGCUGUCGAGAAUAGGCCGAGUCAGCAGAAAUUUGUGCAGAUUGGUGCUAGGACGGAAUUGUGAUGGUGUAUGUGGAAUAUAAUGAGUGCACUCAAUGGAUUUUGAACAUGAAAGAGUUAUUUAUUCAGAUGAAUGGAUGAAAUGCAAC